UUUACCGGUGAUAAACCGUGGAGAACAUAGGCAAUGAUAUACUUCGGAUACCUGCUCGUAUACUUGAUCGGUGAAUUACGUUUUAUUCACGUGUAUUGUCGCGUCCAAAGUUACGUAUUUCGUUCGCCUGUGAAACGUGAUUUCAAAAAAGUUUUCGGCUGAACGUAAAAACAUGGUGGCUAAAAGCUCUGGACCGCUGCUGGAGAAGCAGAUCAGCGGCAUAAAAUUCACAAUCUUUUGCCUGAACGCCAUAAUAUGGAUUCUGGGUUGUGCGAUGUUUGGAUUGUCGAUAUGGAUGCGCAUGGAACCAGGCUUUGAGGAGUGGGUGAAUUUUCUGGAUAUGCACGAAUUUUACAUCGGAAUUUACGUAUUAAUCUUCACAUCGGUGUUCGUCAUGAUUGUCGCCUUUGUCGGCUGUGCCGCCGCUCUUAUGGAACACAUCCUGGCUCUAUAUGUCAAUAUAGGUCUCCAAGUGUUCUGUUUCAUCUGCGGACUUUCUGGAGCAGCGGUUGUUCUCGACUACUCGACGUAUGACAGCAAGAUUCAACCUGUCAUACGGCAUUCCAUGAUCAAUCUCAUCAGAAACUCCCAUUACGAAACGGCGAGCCUGAUUCUGAGAAUAAUUCAAGAAUCUGUCGGAUGCUGUGGAGCUGACGGUCCUAGGGAUUAUUUGUCUAUGCGAAAGCCGCUACCCACCGAGUGUCGGGAUACCGUCACCGGAAACGCUUUCUUUCACGGUUGCGUCGAGGAAUUGUCGUGGGUCUUGGAGUCGAAAUCGGGAUGGCUCGCUGGUUUGGCAAUGGCAUUAUGCAUGCUUCAUGUGGUCAUAGGUGUGUUGUCGCUGACGCUUGUACGAGCGAUUAAGAAAGAGGAGGAAUCAAUCACGUUCAAGCGUUAAAAUAAUAGAUCAUUUGCGACGAAAUGGAAAGAAAAAUAAGUUAUAAUUAUUAUAAGUUUUUACAAGAAAUAUUCCGAUAAAUUAUCAGCUUCUUAGAUUACUUACUUACUUCAAUGUAAACAGCUCGUAGAAUCCACGGUAUUUUUUAUUACAUUCCUAAUCUUUUAUUCCUACAGCUCUAAUUUUUAAAUAGAAAACUUUUCCUUCAAAAUUAAACUCGUGGAUUAAAAAUACAAUUUAUCCCAAUAAACAAACUAUGUUUGUACAUGAAUCUUAUAUAAUUCCGAUAAUUUUCUCAUGAGAAUAUUGGUUUUGUCAUAUCGAUUUAUGUUAAUUAUUCAUGUUUCAUCCGAGCAUAGAAUCGUGUCUUCAGCCAUAGAAUUCGUUCUUCUACUCAUACUCCUGCGUUUUCUACACUUUUCUAUUUGUAUAACUUACAUUUUAUAAUUUAAUAAUUGGAAAUAAAAAAAGGAGAAUACUAUUUGCGAUAAAAAGCAUCACGAUAAAAAAGUUGUCAA